UACACAUCACAUAUAUCCCUGGAGCUAAGCUAAAGCUAGGCUAGGCUAACUAGCUGCUACAGAGUGACAUGAAGUCAACUUUACACUCUGUCUCAAUGAAGGAGAUUCCAGAGUGAUUGGGACAUGGAGUUAAGAAACAUCAAGGACCAGUCUCCAUUGGUCCAGGCCAUAUUCAGCAGAAACACAGAAGAGGUGACAUUUUUGUUGAACCAUAAUGAAGAUGUCAACUCACUGGACCAAGAACAGAGCACACCACUUCAUGCUGCUGCUUAUUUGGGCGAUGUCCACACUAUGGACCUACUUAUCACUUCAGGUGCAAAUGUCAACGCCAAGGACCAGGGUUUGCUGACUCCCUUACAUCGAGCGGCUGCCUCUCGAAAUGAGAAAGCUGUGGAGCUGCUGCUAAAGCACAAAGCAGAGGUCAACACAAAGGACAAGUACUGGCACACACCUUUGCACAUGGCAGCUGCAAAGUGGGCCACAGGCUGUGCCGAAGCUCUGAUACCACAUGUGUGCAGCCUGGAUGUUGCCGACAGGUCGGGAAGGACACCACUGCAUCAUGCAGCGCACAGCGGCCAUGAAGAG